AUGCCAAUACCAAUCGAGAAAAUUCAAGUAAUCGAAGAUAAAAUAGCACGAGAGCACGAAAGUGACGAUGAAAAUGAAGCUAAUCAUAAUGAUAUUCGUCAUACAACAGCAAUGACACCACCGGAUCAAGAUUUUUCAUUUUUAAAAAAUCCAUCACAAACAAAGCGUUCUGUUCAUUAUGAUAUUGAACAAAUGGAUAGACAUGAACGUCAACCAUUAAGAACGCUACAUGAAAAUGAACAAUCAUUUGAUAAUGUUCUACGUCGACGAUAUAUUGCGCAUUGGGGUUUACCAGAAUGGCUUGGUGAUAAUCAUUUUCUCUUACAAAAACAUCGUCCACCAGCUAAUUCUGUUCGUGAAUGUCUUAUAUCUAUAGCAUCAAUACAUAGUGAAACAGUUAAUAUUUGGACACAUUUAAUUGGUGCAUUAUGUGUUGCUGUUACAUUUAUACUAUUUCUUAUUGAUAAUCAUCGACAAAUGGAUUUAAGUGAUUAUAUAUCAUUUAGUGUUUUUUUUAUAGCAGCUAUACUAUGUUUAACAUUUUCUACUUUACUUCAUGUAUUUAUUAAUUAUUCACCACGUGUCAUGGUUAUUGUUUCUAAACUUGAUUAUAUGGGGAUUAGCAUUUUAAUAUUUGGUUCCAUGAUUCCAGUGAUUCAUUACUUAUUUUAUUGUUAUUUGAAACUUAAAACAAUAUAUAUUGGGGUUUUACUUGGACUUUCUAUUGCUUCAAUAAUUGGUACAAGUAGUGCGGCAUGUGCAAAACCACGAUGUCGUCCAUUUAAAGCUAUUUUAUUCAUUGCUUUAGGUCUUUAUGGUGCCGCUCCAGCAACUCAUGCAUGUAUUCUUCACGGUUUUCCACGUAUGUUUCAAAUGGGAUUUUUAUAUCUUUGUAUUAUGGCUGUAACCUAUAUUGCUGGCGGUGUUAUUUAUGCCGUUCGAGUACCAGAACGAUUUUUUCCAGGGCGUUUCGAUAUUGUCGGACAAAGCCAUCAAAUUUUACAUAUUGCAGUUAUUGUUGCUGUUUAUUUACACUUUUAUGGAAUUUGUUGUUUAUUUCAUACUGUUAUUCGAACAGAACAAUGUCUUAUGCCAAUAACAUUAAAACUUGGUGUCACUGAUUUAUCUGUUUCGUCUACUUCAGUAGAAUAA